CGCCGCCGUCGCCGCCUCCAGACUUCUUUCUCCCUUCACGAACCACUUUGGGAGGAGACUACUCGACGCGCUUCAUCUCAACCUCCACCAACGUUUUACCUCUACCAGACUACUAUUCGCGACCAAGUGCAAUGCAAUGAACCACUCUGCCCCCGGAAGCUGUUGAACCGCUACUCCUGCUAAACCGGGCCCGGUUGGCCCCAGAAGACCACCAUGGCCAUCACUUCGGUCUCAACCGUCCUUCCUACUCGUUUUGCGAUCAACUCAUCCGAAAAGACGGCCGCGAAACCUCCACCUCCUCCGGCUUACAAUGUCCAAGACCACCCUUUCAAGGGCUACCAUGCACCGCAGCCAGAGGGCUAUGCGAAGAGCACUAGCACCAGCGCUAUUGUCAUCGACAAUGGCUCCAACCUCGUCAAAGCCGGAUGGUCCUUCGACAAAAAGCCCCGCUUCAUCAUCCCCCCCGUGAUGAGUCGGUAUCGCGAUCGGAAACUCAACAAAGCGUGCCAAUUCAUCGGAAACGACGCCUACGUGGACGCCACGACGCGCGGUCAGCUGCGAUACGCAUUCGACCCAGGCACGAGCGUGGUGGGCAACUGGGACGUGAUGGAAGGAGUGCUGGACUACCUAUUCAUCAAGCUGGGGGUGGACGGGGGCGCAGACGGGGGUGUCGAUCGACCCAUCGUCAUGACGGAGCCGAUCGCGAACUUGAACUAUCCGCGACGCAUGAUGAACGAAAUCCUUUUCGAGUGCUACUCUGUGCCGUCGGUGGCCUACGGCAUCGACUCCCUGUUCUCCUACCGGUAUAACCGCGGCACGGACGGUCUGAUCGUUUCCUCGUCGCAUACGUCGACGCAUGUCAUCCCCGUCCUGAACAACAAGGCCUUGCUGUCGAAUUGCUCGCGCCUGAACUUGGGUGGUCUCCACGCGUCGGAGUAUCUCCUCAAAUUGAUGCGGUUGAAGUACCCGACCUUCCCGGCGCGCAUGACAGAGAACCAGAUGGAGGAUCUCGUGCACAAGCAUUGCUACGUCUCGAAGGACUAUGAUCAGGAGCUGAGCCGGUUCCUGGAUUGGACGGGGCUAGAGGAUCGGGACCAUAUCGUCCAAUACCCGUAUACGGAGCAUGUCGUCCCGGAGAAGACGGAGGAGGAGCUGGCGCGCAUUGCAGAACGGAAGAAGGAGAGCGGGCGGAGGUUGCAGGAGCAGGCUGCGAAGAUGCGACUGGAGAAGUUGAUGAAGAAGGAGCAGGAACUGGAAUACUACAAGGAUCUACAACGGGGUCUUGCGUCUGAGUCGAAGAAGGAGGCCCGACGCAUCUUGGAAGCUGAGGAUCUGAAAGACGAGGCACACCUGGACCGCCUGAUCCGCGAUCUCGAGCGUUCGAUCAAGCGAUCCCGGAAUCGCGACCUAGGUAUUGAGGAGACGGAGGAGCCCCAGGAGGAAAUGUCGUUCCCGCUGCUGGAUGUUCCCGACGAAGAACUCGAUGAGGCUGGGCUCAAGGAGAAGCGCCACCAACGACUGAUGAAGUCCAAUGUCGAAGCCCGCCAACGCGCCAAGGCCGAGAAGGAACGGGAGAAGGCUCGUCAGGAGGAAGAAGAGAGGCUUGAUCGCGAGAAGCGAGAGAAUGACUUUGACAACUGGUUGGCCGAGCGAAGGGCUAACCGCCAGGGUAUCUUGCAACGAAUCAAAGAACGUGACAGGUUGAAGGCCGAUCUGGGCAACCGGAAGUCGCUCGCCAGUCAGAUGCGCAUGAAGACGCUGGCCAACCUCGCCGCGGACGGCCCCAAGAAGCGACGGAGGGGUGGUGAUGACGACACCUUCGGCGCCAACGACGAAGACUGGGGUGUUUACCGCACGGUGGCCACGGGCGAGCAGAGUGACGAGGAGGAAGAAGAGGACCUCGGCGGCCUGCUGGACGCGGCCGAGAAGGAGCUUCUGGAAUACGACCCGGAAUUCACGGAGAACCACACGCUGGCGGCGCAAUCCGACUGGACCAAGAGCCUGGUGCACGUGUUCCUGCGGGGGCCAUGGCCGUUCGAUCCCGAGAGCCAGCGCGAGGCGCAUCAGAUCCAUUUGAAUGUGGAGCGUAUCCGAGUGCCCGAGGUCGUCUUCAAGCCGUCCAUCGCCGGCAUCGACCAGGCGGGGCUGGUCGAGAUCGCCGCCGACAUCGUCAACCAGCGCUUCUCGAACCCCGAGGAGCAGGCCCGCUUGCUGCGCGACGUCUUCUUCACCGGUGGCAACACGCUCUUCCAGAACUUCGACGAGCGAUUCCGCCAUGACUUCCAGGCGUGCCUCCCCGCCAACAGCGUCCUGAACGUUCGCCGCGCCGCCGACCCUGUCCUGGAUGCCUGGAAGGGCGCUGCCCAAUGGGCGUCGGGCUCGGAACUCCGCAAGUCGUCUAUUACACGGCAGGAGUACCUGGAGAAGGGCAGCGAAUACCUCAAGGAACAUGAUCUGGGCAAUGUCACCACGUGGUAAUAGGUCUGUCUGCCUCAACAACAACAACAACCCCGGACUCUUUUCGUAUCGCGUCGAUCGAACGAUCUGCCCUGAUUCGCCGGGUCCAUUUAGGCAUGAUGUCACUGGGAAUUGUCCCGGGUUUACGGAUAUCGCAGAUGUCUAUAGCAUCCCGAAGAAACCAGGGUUGUUGUGCUGGCCAGACACUGGCCACCUAGCCACGUCGCUGCUUUACUAGAUCACCUACUACCACUAUAUCACUGGGAUCAUUUUUGUUUUUCCUUCGUGAACCACAUAUCUAGCACGUGGUGGGGACAAAGGGUUAGUUACUAGAUAGUAUACAAGGAGUCCGGCGUCCAAGCGAGUCCAGACCGGGUGGACGGGGUGGAUCGAUGGAAAAGAAACCUAAUUUUCUUUCAGAAGGAACCUGUUUUUGAACCAUUUUUUUGUGUGCUAGUAGAGCAAGAGAGAGAGAAAG